CGUAUCUGUUGUCAGCUGACUGGCACCGCCUCUGCCCGCCGUCACAACAGAGAGCUGCCUGCCUGACAGCUAGCUAGCAGCCGAGGUUCUGCUGUCGGACCGCCGUGUGUUAUGUUUCUCGGAGCCAGGACCGUAGUCGGAGGUUUGUGCACCACCAGCUCAUGGCGGCUGAAAUUCAGCCUCAACCUCAGGCUCGGAAGCCUUGCCUCCUGAGCAAAAUCGAUGCUUUCCAGGAGGUGGUGAGCACAGCGGUGAUAAUUCCCAAAGAAGACGGCGUUAUCAGCGUGUCUGAAGACAGGACUAUUCGGGUAUGGUUGAAGAGAGACAGUGGUCAGUACUGGCCCAGCAUCUACCACACAAUGCCAUCAUCAAGCUCCUGUAUGUCCUUUAACCCUGAGACCAGGAGGCUAUCUGUGGGGAUGGACACUGGGAGUAUCUGUGAGUUUGUUCUGUCAGAAGACUACAACAAGAUGACUCCAGCACGCACCUACCAGGCUCAUCAGGGCAGGGUGACUGUGGUGCUGUUUGUGCUGGAGAUGGAGUGGCUGCUGAGCACGGGGCAGGAUAAAAACUUCACCUGGCACUGCUCAGAGAGCGGCCAGCAGCUGGGGACAUAUCGCACCGCAGCCUGGGUCUCAGGACUACAGUUCGACGUGGAGACCAGACACGCCUUCGUAGGGGAUCAGUCUGGUCAGGUGACAAUCCUGAAGCUGGAGCAGGACCUCUGCAGCCUGGUCACCACCUUCAAAGGACACACUGGUAAUGUGACGGCGCUGUGUUGGGACCCGGUCACAAGGGUGUUGUUCUCCGGAAGCUCGGACCACUCAAUCAUCAUGUGGGACAUCGGCGGACGCAAAGGCACCGCUAUCGAACUGCAAGGACACAAUGACAAAGUUCAGGGCCUGUGUUACGCCUCACACACCCGGCAGCUCAUCUCCUGCAGCUCAGAUGGAAGCAUCGUCAUCUGGAACAUGGAUGUAACACGGCAAGAGACCCCAGAAUGGCUGGACAGCGACUCCUGUCAGAAGUGUGAGCAGCCUUUCUUCUGGAACUUCAAACAGAUGUGGGACAGUAAGAAGAUCGGCCUACGGCAGCACCACUGCAGGAAGUGCGGCCAGGCAGUGUGCGGCAAAUGUUCGUCCAAACGCUCCACCAUCCCCCUCAUGGGAUUCGAGUUCGAGGUGCGCGUGUGUGACAGCUGCCACGAGUCCAUCAGUGACGAGGAUCGAGCACCCACAGCCACCUUCCACGACAGCAAGCACAGCAUUGUUUACAUGCACUACGAGCCCACCACUGGAAAUCUGCUCACCUCUGGCACUGACAAGAUUGUCAAGCUAUGGGACAUGACUCCUGUGGUGUCCUGAGAUCUGUGGAUAACAAGCAGUCAGCAGAAAUCUGUUUGACAAACUGUCGAGGUGCCAGUACCACUGGGAAGAGAAACAGGGUGAGAGCUCCAGCAGGAUCGAUGUCAUCUGGAUAAUAUUUAGCAGUUUUUUAACGUGUAGCGGUUGCUGUUGAACAUUUACAGCGAGGGCACUGCAGGCCAGUGAAGCCUGAGAACCAUACAGGCUUUGUUUGACACAAGGUUACAGAGAGUUGCUGGUGGAUGGUGGGUCUCUCUGUGUAUGUGUGUCUGUACAGUGUGCGAAAGGUUGAGGCAUUUCCCUUUGUAAGUUAUCGACACACCUCAUUUACUUAAUUUCCAUGCAUUCCUUUCCAGUUUCAAACUGGAAAUUCAUGAAACAGUCUUAUGAAACCUGCUUGCACUGCGGGAACUUGUCAAACCCAGACUUUAUUUUCUGUAGAUGUGAAGCACCUUGUUAAACAGACUGGCAAAAUCAAACGUGCAUUCCUACUGAACUGGCUGCAGAUCCUUAACAAAACAGGAGCUUAUGAUUUUCAUUUGCACCAGCAGCUGUUCAGACCUGCACGUGUUGUUUUUUACCUUCUGCAGACAGAGAAUUUAAAAGUGACGCUCCUUUUAUUAUAUUCCAUUUAACAUUAGGUACCUGCCACCUGUUAUAGUGACAACCUAAACUGUCACACUGACCUGUUUAACACAAAAUGUCGUCUUUUUGGCAUAACAUACUGACAUAACCCUCAGACCCUAGGCUUUGUUGUCUGUAUAUACAGGCUGAUAUUACAAAAAAUGUUUGUAGUUGAAAUAGCAGCAAAGUGUGAGCCUCCAAACUGCCCAAUUCUCUCACAAACUUACUUUCUUUUAUCUUUUUUUUAGGUUUUCCCAACUAUUUCAUUUAUUUUAUUGUUUUAGUAUAAUCAUCAAUGCAGCAUGGCACUCACAUGUGUCUUAAGAGCAGAAAAUACAAUAUGUUCAUAGUAAGCACUGAACAUUUGGGUGUUUUACAGGUUUAAAUGUCAAAAAUAGAACCUAAAAUAAAAACAGCCUCGAGCAG